UCAGUCAGUGCGUCACGUCGGGAGCUGGCAGUAGCGGGGGAUCUGGAGUUUUCCUGCGGCCGUCCCCAAGUUGUCGGACGUGAUGUUGGGUCGGGCAGCGAUUUGAUCUGGCCGGCUUGUGGAUGGCGAGCGGAGACUCGAGGCCACUGUGAAGGGUGCCCGGCGACUGUGUAGGCUGAGUCCAGUAGUGGGCGAGGCCUUAGGCUUACCCAGUUGCCAAGGAGACGCGCGGCCAGGGCCCUUGGGGUGAAAGCCCAGACGAGGAUGGGCUCCCGGGUGCGUCCUCAGCCCGGGUUCUCCUCGGCUGGCUCCCGCCUGCAGGAGUCGGGCGGAGAGCAACUGGAGAUGAGCCGAGUGCGGAGCGCGGAGAGCCGGCAAGAAACGGUGGGCGGGGGCCGAGGCGCGGGCCGCCAGGCGUGGAGUCGCGACAACCCGGGCUACGAGCCCGCGGAUGAGGAGUUGGACAUGGAGCUGGACUGGACUGCGGCGGCCGAGUCUGGGGCGCCAAGCAAUCCUAGCCCCGUGUCCGGCAGCGGGCUCCCAGCCGGGUACAAUGUCCGGCACAAUGCCAGGACCGCUGGUCUGUACCCUGACCAGAGCCCCGAGGCCCACCACAGUAGCCGGCCGGGCUGUGGCCGCACCAUCCUGCGCAAGGUCCGAGCUUUAUGGGGAACCCGGCUGAUGGAGGAUCAGACUGUCAACAGAGAAAGAUACUUGAAGAACAUGCUGCGAGAAUUAGUGACAUACUCAGUUUUCAUGGUUGUUCUCUGCAUCUCAACCUAUGGGAUGGUCAGCUCUAACAUGUACUACUAUACCAAAGUUAUGUCCAGUCUUUUCCUGGACACUCCUUUUUCUGAAAAUGAGAAAACUAACUUCAGGAGUAUCUCCAGCAUGGAUGAUUUUUGGAAGUUCACAGAAGGUCCUUUGCUUGAUGGGCUUUAUUGGGACCUGUGGUACAAUAAUAAAACUCUAGGUGUGAACAAAAGUUUAAUUUAUUAUGAAAAUCUGCUUUUGGGAGUGCCUCGCAUCAGGCAGCUGAAAGUAAAGAAUGAAUCAUGCAAAGUACAUGAAGACCUAAAAGAUGAGAUCAAGGAAUGCUAUGAUGUAUAUUCAAUUGCAAACGAAGAUACCGCGUCAUUUGGUCUCAUGAAUAAAACGGCUUGGAUAUAUACGAGUGAGAAAGAUCUGAAAGAGAUUGGCUACUGGGGAUUAGUCGCCAUAUACAGUGGAGCAGGAUAUUACUUGGACCUGGCGAGAAAUAGAGAUGAAACAGCUGCGAGGUUGAAGGUGCUGAAGGAGAACCUCUGGCUUGAUCGAGGCACCAGGGUUGUGUUUAUCGAUUUCUCUGUCUACAAUGCAAACAUUAAUUUAUUUUGUGUGAUCAGGUUGGUGGUUGAGUUCCCCGCAACUGGAGGUGCACUCUCAUCUUGGCAAUUUCAGACAGUGAAACUUAUUCGCUAUCUCUCCUCAUUUGAUUAUUUCCUGGCUGCCUGUGAAAUUGCUUUCUGUGUUUUCAUAUUCUACUAUAUAGUUGAAGAAUUUCUGGAGAUCCGUGUUCAUAAGCUGCAUUACUUCAAGAGUGUCUGGAACUGUUUGGAUAUUUUGAUCAUUGUGCUGUCAUUGGUAACGAUUUGCAUCAAUGUCUAUCGCACAGCAGUAGUUGAGGAGUUACUUGGAGAGGUACUCGAGAACCAGAAUUCAUAUGCCAACCUUGAGUCUCUGGCAUAUUGGCAGGUUCAGUUUAACAACAUGGCUGCAGUGGUUGUGUUUUUUGUGUGGAUUAAGAUCUUCAAAUUUAUUAGCUUCAAUAAAACCAUGAUCCAGUUGUCUUCUACCAUGUCUCGCUGUGCCAAAGAUAUCAUGGGUUUUGCCAUCAUGUUUUUUAUUGUUUUCUUGGCUUAUGCUCAGCUGGCGUACCUUGUCUUUGGUACACAGGUUGAUGACUUCAGCACCUUCCAUGCUUGCAUCUUUACUCAAUUUCGCAUCAUUCUGGGAGAUUUCGAUUUUGCCAAAGUUGAGGAGGCAGACAGGAUUCUGGGACCAGUUUAUUUUGCUACUUUUGUCUUCUUUAUUUUCUUUAUUCUCUUGAACAUGUUUUUGGCUAUCAUUAACGACACCUACUCUGAAGUGAAAGCUGACAUGGCCCAGCAGAGGAAUGAGAUGGAGCUUACUGACCUUAUUAAGAAGGGUUAUAGCAAGGCCAUGCUGAAACUCCGACUGCGGAAGACAACUGUCAAUGACAUCACGGAGACUCCACGACAAGCUGGAGGAAAAAUAAAUUUUGAUGAAUUACGACAAGAUUUGAAAGGGAGGGGUCACACAGAUGCUGAGAUAGAAGCAAUCUUUGCCAAAUACGAUCAGGAUGGGGAACAGGAGCUGACAGAACAUGAACAUCAACAAAUGAGGGACGAUUUGGAGAAGGAGAGAGACGAUUUGGACCUGGACAGAAGCUCACUUCCUCGAUCGACCAGUGGCCGAAGCUUCCCGCGGAGCAUGGAUGAUUCCGAGGAAGAGGACGAUGAAGACAGUGGUCAUAGUUCGAGAAGAAGAGGGAGCAGUUCCACAGGGGUGUCCUACGAAGAGUUUCAAGUCCUUGUGAGGCGUGUGGAUCGAAUGGAGCAUUCCAUUGGGAGCAUCGUGUCAAAAAUUGAUGCGGUGAUUGUGAAGUUGGAAGCCAUGGAGAGAGCCAAGCUGAAAAGGAGGGACGUACUGGGCAGGUUGCUGGAUGGUGUUACAGAGGACGAGCGCCUGGGUCGGGACAAUGACAUUCACAGAGAGCAGAUGGAGCGCUUGGUACGAGAGGAGCUGGAACGCUGGGAAUCUGAUGAAACGGUGUCACAGCUGAGUCAUCACCUUGGGACGCCGCUGGGAAUUAAUGGGCGUUCUCGGUCCCGCAGUUCUCGCCCAUCUUCGUCUCAGUCUACCGAUGGUUUGGAUGCUGGGGGCCUUGGAGGCAGCCACGUUUAGCUUAUGUAUCCUGGAACUGAUGAUGUCCGUAUCCAGGGAUAUACAUAGUCAUGUUAGUUUGACAUUGCAUCAGUAUUUACACAUCUGAUUAAUCACACACAACACUUUGGGAUGGAUUGUAUAGCCAUGAAAUCGUUGAUUUUUAUGAACUAUCUAUAGCAUGUAUUUCAUCAAGAAGUUUAGAGAAAGUUGAACACCAUUGUUUUAAUGCACCCCACCCUUGUUUGGUGAAACUCCCAGUAAAUUGGGAAAGAGCCUGGUUUUGAGCUUAUUUGGAGAUUACAAUUAGGCAAUGAGAUACAAUGAAUAAAGAACAAUAGACAGUUUACCUUGAGGUUUUUCACAGCGUUAAAUAAAAUGGGGAAAAACAGAUCACCUAUCUAAUCCCUCUUAUGAUGGGAAUUGGUAAAGUCUUGGCUUUGAUGUUUUCAGUGAGUAUUGGAGUUGGUCUGAAUUGAGGUUCACUAAAUGCACAUCAACUUCCUUCCUGCCCAAGCUUGUGGCUAAAAGAAGCAAAUACCUUUGUAAGUUCUAUUUAAAAAGACAUUAUCAGAUCUUUAUGAUUCCUCUUGGCCCCCAUCAUUGAACUGUUUAAAAUGGCAAUAUUUUGAUUGUAUCCAUGAGUGGCCUCAACAAAUUCUUUUCUGAUGACUGUCAAUAGUGACUGAAUCUAACGAUCUUUUAGCGAAGAUUUUACUAAAUAUUCUCAAUAUAUUGGCUUCAUGUUAUUGGGCUGCUGCCUGUCAAUUGAUUUUAAUUUAUUAAUGUCAUCAGAUUUUGGAAGGAGGACCAUCCACCUGUUCUAAUGAGGCAGUACCUAUAUAAUUGGCUAAUGGCUAUGGCCCACAAUAUGUUCAUUUUUGUUAUUGCAUUUUCUGAGGAAGAUGAGUGAUAACCUGCUGGUGUGCUGGUUUUUUUUUUCCUUUCCAUGUACUCUACUAUCUCCCUUAGGAGGAUGUGAUGUUUUAGAACACCAUGUUAUGGUUUUCAAAAAUUUUUUUUUAACUCAUUUCUCUUCAGACCCCUUUUAACUGAUUGAUGAUGAUGGAUUGUGAAUUUGGUAUGGAGGAAAGGUCAAAGCUAGAAAAGUACAACACAGAAACAGGCCCUUCAGCCCAUCUAGUCCAUGCUGAACCAUUUAAACUGCCUACUUCCAUUGACCUGCACCAGGACCAUAGCCCUCAAUAUCCCUACUAUCCAUGUACCUACCCAGGCUUCACUUAAACACUGAAAUCGAGCUGGCGUGCACCACUUGUGCUGGCAGAUCGUUCCACACUCCCAUGACCCUCUGAGUGAAGAAGUUUCCCCUCGUGUUCCUUUAAACGUUUCACCUUCCAUCCUUAACCCAUGACCUCUGGUUGUAGUCCCACCCAACCACAGUGGAGAAAGCCUGCUUUCAUUUAUUCUAUCAAUAACCCUCAUAAUUUUGUAUACCUCUAUCAAAUCCCCCCUCAGACUUCUAUGUUCUAAGGAAUAAAUCCUAACCUAUUCAAUCUUUCCUUAUAACUCAGAUCCUCUAAACCCAGCAAAAUCCUUGUGAAUUUUCUCUGUGUACUCUUUCAACCUUGUUUCAACCUGUGGACAGGCAACCAAAACUGCACACAAUAUUCCAAAUUAGGCCUCACCAACAUCUUGUACAACUUCAGCAUAACACCCCAUCCUGUAUUUAGUACUUUUGAUUUAUGAAGGCCAUUGUACCAGAAGCUUUCUUUAUGAACAAGUUGGGCCUUUAUUCUUUGGAACAUAGAAGGUUGAGGGGGGACUUGAUAGAGGUAUUUAAAAUUUGGAGGGGGAUAGAUAGAGUUGACGUGGAUAGGGUUUUUCCAUUGAGAGUGGGGGAGAUUCAAACAAGAGGACAUGAGUUGAGAGUUAAAGGGCAAAAGUUUAGGGGUAACAUGAGGGGGAACUUCUUUACUCAGAGAGUGGUAGCUGUUUGGAACAAGCUUCCAGCAGAAGUGGUUGAGGCAGGUUCGAUGUUGUCGUUUAAAGUUAAAUUGGAUAGAUAUAUGGACAGGAAAAGAAUGGAGGGUUAUGGGCUGAGUGCAGGUUGGUGGGACUAGGUGAGAGUAAGAGUUCGGCAUGGACUAGGAGGGCGAGAUGGCCUGUUUCCAUGCUGUAAUUGUUAUAUGGUUAUAUGGACAUGGAAGUGAUGAUGUUGGGGAUGAUUCCUAACCGGAGCUACCAGCCCCAUCACCAUGACUUCCGAAAGUGCCUCCAGUGGAAUUUGUUAAACAAAGUUGAUUUUUUACCCAAAAGCUUUUUCAUAAUUUUCUUCAUGAGGCAGCAAUGAGAGACCUAAGUCUAUGUGAGAGCUGAGCAUCCUGAUAAAUGGGAUUGUUGCUAACAGUACUACAUCUCUAUCACUUAUAUCUUUCACUUUCAAUUGAGGACUGUGAAGCUGCCCACAGAACAAGAGUGUAAUAAUGUUUGGAAGGGGCAGGAUUUUGUCUGCAUCACAGAAACUGACCACUUGGCCCAUGUGGCCUGUACUGUUGCUCCAUAAGAGUCUACUCCCAAUUCCAUUACUGCAUUCUUCCUUGGAAUCUAUAUAGGCGCAGUUAACUGGUUGUAGUCUUCAAGUCUUGGUUAUCGGUUCACAUGCUUGAAUCAAAAAGAUGUAGAAAACUUUGAUCUAAUGUAGUAAAAAUGAUUUAAGUACUGUAGGUAGAUGCAGUGAGCAGCAAAGAUGUGGUGGACUGGAGGACAUGACUCUGUUUAAUGAACAAUGGGAAUGUUUUGUAGUUUUGAGUACCCAUUUUUAAGAAUGGAAAAGCAAUGGACAAAGGUACAGUUUAGGAUGAGGUGACUAUUACACACUUGGUUAACUGAGUUGACAGUCUGACUCUAUAAAUGGUUAACACUGUUACAUUUGAUCCAUGAGAAAUCAUUGGAAGGAAUUAAGGUACAUUAUGGUUGAACCCUGGUAUUUUCUACUCAAACUCAUUGCUGAAACUCACUAAAAAGAAAUAGUUAAAAAAUUAUUUUGCAUGAUAUAGGUAGUAAGUGGAUAUUGAGUACAUUGGAUACAUUUGGGUAUACUGUGUGGAGGAGCUGUGCUAAACAAAGACAUGAAGGAGUUCAAUGCCUUGUAUCUAUUCUUUAAUGUCACAAGCUAUAAUUGGACAAAAACCUGGCCUUGCUGUGAGCAAAAAGUCCUGAAUGCUUCCAGUGAGUUUGCUCCUCUGAAGCACAAUAAUGAGAUCAUGCCUGUGUUGAAUGUAGGUUGUACACAAUUACAGCCCAAGAACCUCUCAAAGCCACUUUCCAUCAGUGCCUUAAUCACAUCCUAAAAACAAAAUGAGGUGCUUGACACUCACAGGUCAGUACCAUGGUCAAGAUAACAAUGCUAUAUUGUUAUUCUGAAAUUUUGGAAAUGACUAUGUUUGCACAAUGAGAGCAUUUGGUUUGUCAAAUUUACCUAGAGCAACAGGAUUUUCAAGUAACCUGUGCUGUUAUUAACAAUCUAAAUCUUAUUUCAACAUAAUUGCUUUUUGCACAGUUGCAUUUCCAAAUAUAGAAUGAAAGUGCCUUUGCCAAAUAAUGCAACAAAUAGUUUUUGUUUUUACUUAAUCAUGUAUAUUUUCCUCGUAGUUUAGAUUUGACAUUACUUGCAUAAUGUUAAAUAAGAAUUCACGUACCUAUUAAUGCAUCACCAUUUUUAUGAACCAAACAGAUUUUAUUAAAGUGAUGUGUAGGAAUUUUAACAAACUUCAUUUUGAAGUGCAUAAUUUCAUGGGGUAUCCAUGCUGUAUCUUGACGCUGUGCGUACCAAUGCAUAAAGUCUAGUUUGUAGAAUUGAUUUUAUAUUUUUUCUUAAUCUCAAAUGAACUAUCUAGCUUUAAUUACUAUUUUUGUUUUAUGUAACCAUGUACACUUUGUUUACAAAUGUUGUAACAGAAUUACAGUUGAUGAUAAAUCUUGUCUUCCAUUGUUUGGGGUUUUUUUUGUAGUUUGUAGCAUGUUGUAUUUGAGCACUUUAAUAAACUAUAUCUUCUCUGCAGAUCUACUCAUCUUCCUGUAAUUUUCAACAUCCAGGAAGAAAUAAAAUAUUUUGGGAUGUUAAACCCAGGGAGUUAAAUCUCGGGGCCAUUGUUGAGUUCCCCUAUAAAUGGGAAUUGAGGUAUUGAAAAAUUUGAAUAACAAGCACAGGGCUGGAAAGCUCCUCUUCCUCUGUAACAGAGGAAGAGGUUAGGAUGCAACAAGAUGGGAGUUAGAUUGGCUCUAUGUAUUUUGUCAUUUGAGGAUGAUAGCUGAUUGAUCAGCUCUUAGGUUACAAUUUCAAAAUUCUGAAUAGUGCCAAUUUGAAUUGUUGGGGGGGGGUCAGUUCUGAUGCUGUCUAUAAAGAGUUUUGUACAUUCUCCCUGUGACUGUGUGGGUUUCCUCCAGGUUUUUUGGUUUCCUCCCGCAUUUCAAAGUUGUAUGGGGUUAGAGUGAGUUAGUUGUGGGCAUGCUAUUUUGCCACGGAAAGCAUGGAGGCACUUGUGGGCUGUACCCAGCACAUCCUCAGACUACGUUGGACGUUGACACAAACAACACAUUUUACUCUUUGUUUUGAUGUACUGUACAUGUGACCA